AUGGAAGCCUUACCUUCAUCCAAAGUUCUCUUGUCCUUCUGGAUACAAGAAGAGGAAGCGUCCCCGUAUGGUUUACUGACUCACUCAACACCAACAAUCCACAAGUCUGGGAGUACUCCAGGUCAAGUACUAUGGCGAAGUUUUGAUCAUCCCUGCGACACAUUCUUGUCUGGCAUGAGAAUCGGGUACGACACGUCGGCGGCGAAUAAUGGCUUGUUGCAGCUCAGAUCAUGGAAGAGCGAAUCGGACCCGUCUCCCGGGGACUUACACCAUCAGCAUGGACCGAGACGAAUGCCUGAACUGCUCUUGUUCAAUGGCACUGAUUUGACAUACAGGACUGGUCCAUGGAAUGGCCAGGGCUUCAACGGCCAGCCAUAUCUCAAGCCGACAAAUGUGGUGUUCAACAUGAAUGUGCGCGAAGGCAGCGCGUAUUACUCGUUCACGGCUUUGAACACAUCAGUCCAGUGGCGACUUGUCCUGAUGCCAGAUGGCAUUGCCUAUCGCUGGCGCAGCAACUCCGACAACAAGUGGGAGUACUACUGGCAUUGGCCUCAGUCUACAUGUGAUUCCUACGCGUUCUGCGGUCCAAACGCCUUCUGCUCCACCGCUGUCUGCCAAUGCCUGCCGGAGUUCGUCCCCACGUCGCCGCGCGAAUGGAACCAGAGGAACUUCGCCGGUGGCUGCGUGAGGAGUGUGUCGCCGUUUUCUUGCUCGUCAGCGAAUGGGUUUAGCAGACUCUCACUUGUUAAGGUGCCUGACACACUGAACGCCACCUUGGUUCGAGGCAAGAGCUUGGAUGGCUGCAGGGAGUUGUGCUUAGGGAACUGCUCGUGCAACGCUUACGCCCUGCUUGGAGGGAGUGACUGUGUCGUCUGGUCAGGUGAUCUGCUCGAUACUGUUCAGCUUACUAUAGGGAUCGAUGAUUUGUACACUCGGGUUUCUCAUAAUGAUCCGUCUCACACAGAUAGACAAACUGCUAUCAUUGUCUCUGUCUCUGUUGUUGGAGGGUUGCUGCUUAUUUCUGCAUUGCUAGUAUUUUGUUAUCGUCGAAGUCAACGAAAGCAUUUACCACUAGCACUUGAAUUGUUUGGAACAGAACAUGAGCAUGCCCCAGGGCCUAAGCUUACAGCCCACCUUGAGCAGAGUUUAGAUCUGGAUGCUAUCAGAGUUGCCACCAACAGUUUUACUGAACGAAAUAGUAUCAUUUCUACCCGAUCUAAGACCAUCUACAAGGGAACACUACCAAAUGUUGGUGAUUUGGCAAUCAAAAGACUAAACACGGAAGUGGGGCUUGAGGAGCUAAAACAUGAGGUGAAAAUUCUUGCGAGGCUUGACCAUCCGAACAUCAUAAGGAUGAUGGGAUCCUGCAUGGGGAAUAACGAAAACUCCCCGACUGGCCUUCACGUCUUCACAUCAUUCAAGGGAUUUGUGAAGGAUUACUAUAUCUGCAUGAGCAUUGCAGAAUCGUUCAUCGCGAUAUAG